UAGCAUAUUCUACCAAUUCUCUUGCCUACAACUCUUUCUCGGCGAUCGCUUUUGUCCAAUCCCUUUGGUUCACUGUCCUUUCCAGUGCUGUAAUGUGGCUAGUAGAUUUCAAGUGUGCCAGAAGAUGUGUUUUUAAGUUUCGAAACUUCUUUGAUAAAACUUUCUCAGGAGGGUCGAUAGCACCGACAAUGUUGUCAUAUUUGAAUAUUGCCAAAUAGGUUUUAUUAGUUGUAAGUUCAGGCAAAUGUUGAGUAACUCGUACACAUACAGAGCACAAGACUGCUUGCUUCCUUUCGUCGUAGCGGAAUUCGUCGAACUUGCGUAGAAGAUCAUCUAGAGAUCAGCAGCUAUUCAUCAAAAAGUGUCUGGCAGAACUGUUUCACGAGGUGAGGACGUAUAUAAUGCGGCACUAUCAUCGCGCUAUGAUCCAGUAUCAGAUUGGAAUUACCACGCAUCUCAUCGAGUUUAAGCGACAGAUUAUCCAGGUUCUGAUUGAUUUGUGACAAUAAGUAAGGGGUUUGUUUGGCGUCAAUUGCUACUGUGGCUUCAGACUCGAGGUUACUUUCUAGAUCUGACGUUUUCUGGUCUUGAGAAACCUCUGGCGCCACAACUGUCAUUGCCAACUCGGUGAACUCGCCAUGGGGAUCACCAAGGUCAUCACUAGAUUCACCAAGGUCAUCAGUGCAAGUGGGCUCAAUUGUUUCUUCAAAGGCUCUCUUUGCUUCGUUAUUUUCUUCAUCGUUUCGAGCCCUCUUUCUUCCAACUGGACCAUCCACUCGAUUGAAAAGGGGGAUACAAUCGAAGACUGGCAUGCAGGACGCAAGUCAUUUGGUUUUACUUCUGGGUGCUGACGUUGUAUGUGAACUCGAUAGUUUUGAAGCAGGACCUCAGUUAGACACACUCUACAUUUUCGUUUUGCAAAACUCGCUCGAUAAUUACCAGAUGACAUGAACUCGUGAGCUCAUAACAAACUGCAAAGCGCGAACCACGGGAAACUAGGCCUUGGAUUUGUUGGAAAAUAUUACGACGCUUUUCAAAAACAAACGUUUUGGAAAUUUUAACGGUGAGAAUUUCGAACGUGCUCGUUUCAUGGUGUUUAAAAAUACAGUAAAUACAGCAAGCUAAGCAGGUUAUAAAUAAGUAUUGUGUAAAUGCAUUUGCGAUGCCUCUCAUUUGUUUUUAACUCGCGUCACGUCAGGUAACUCAUGUUUUGAAAUUUUUGACUGAGAGAAAUUUUCUUUAUAAUAUUGGUGUUUUAACGUAAAAAUACAAAGUAAAUUAAUUUUUUAAUUUUAAAAAGCGAUUCAAUAGGAAAAAACGAAAAUAUUAGAAAGUAUAUUGAAAGUAUUAUAGUCAAAGAAGAUAGCUGAAAGAAACAAAAAUAAUAUCUACCAACGAAACAAUAGCCAAUACUUAUUUAUCAAUAUUUUUUUUGUGCGAUGUUACUCUGAGUGUAUAUCCACACCGGGCAGCCUUGAAAAAUGCCCGGCCACGGCGGGAUUCGAACCUAGCUACGACCUUUGGAAUACUAGCCCAAUGCUCUUCCAACUGAGCUACGCGGUCAGGACGGUUCGAGUAUGCGAUAUUUCGGAACUGAGUCUAGUUCCUUCGAUAUCAGUGUAAUCUAAUAAUCAUGAAAUCUGCUGUGUUGGUGUAAUGUACUCAGGUGAAUAAGAUGUUUGUGUGAUGUUACUCUGAGUGUCCUGACCGCGUAGCUCAGUUGGAAGAGCAUUGGGCUAGUAUUCCAAAGGUCGUAGGUUCGAAUCCCGCCGUAGCCAGGCAUUUUUCAAGCCUGCCCGGUGUGGAUAUACACUCAGAGUAACAUCACACAAACAUCUUAUUCACCUGAGUACAUCACACCAACACAGCAGAUUUCAUGAUUAUUAGACAAUACUUAUUACAUGUGAUAUUUAUUCGCGAAAAAAUAUGAUAUCAACAUUGACUUAAUUGGGUAAACAUAACGUUGAUAUAAGCAAACGUAACGUUGAGUGGAGGUCAACGUGACGUCGACUAUUUGCAAACAACACAAAAACUCGGCGCGCGGCAAGUUUAAUUGCAAAUAGCAUGCAGUAAUAUAUACACUGGACUUCAAUGAUUACAUACCCUAAUAUUAAUUCCACCAAGUGAAGUGCAAGAUACCAAAAUCAUUGAAGUUCACCUUAUCACAACCCGCACACCCGAUUACCUAUAUAUACAUGAACUUACGGUUACAGCUCAACAACCGGCCUCUGUAGCUCAGUUGGUUAGAGCGCUGCACCGGAAUCGCAGGGCCGUAGGUUCAAUUCCUACCAGAGGACCUUGUGCUGCAUUUUUCGCAGUCGUUCCUGGUUAAGUCUUAAAAUGUAUAUAUGCUCACUUGGAUUACAAAGCCUAACAUUCUAAUAGUAAUAUAUACAUCCCAUUUUCGGACGUUGAGCGCGUGACCUUCCCGUCCUUCCGGCAAGGUUACACAAUUUAUUACUCACAGGUUCCUUUAAAAACAACUGUAGAUGUUUCAAAUUGAAAAUAUUGCCGUAUUUUAAACGUUUGUUCGCGUUAUUACAACGACUUCGCUUGUUUUCGGGAAAUUAACAACUUUUCUAUUGCACUGCUAAUUGCUAAAAGAUCAAGAAAAAAUUUGUACCUGCACAAAUGGAAAAUGCGAGCGGAUCGAUCGAUAAGGGAUCGAUCGAUAACGCGCGGAGGCCUGGAUGCGAGUCAAUGAUGCGUCCGACUAUCAAUGAGGAGUCCGACUGUCUACGGAAAAAAAAAUUGCAGCGGCGCUCGCGCACUUUAUCGAGGCCUGAUUAACACUAUACUAGCUGUAUACAGACUUUACAGUAUAUAUCGAUGGCUAUACUAUAUUAACAGUGUCUCACAGCAGCAUGCCAUAUUUCACAAAAUAAAAAUCCUCUUGUAUUUAUAUUAUUAUAAAGAACAUCGUCAUCGAUCACAGUGAAGCAAAUGACAAUGUCACAAAUAUUCAAGCUGUUUAUCAUGCAAAUUUAUAUUUAUUAUGCGGUGUCUAUUGUAUGGACUAUUGUUUAUAAUAUCAGAGAAAUAGCCUGAGUUAUGUACCGUAUAACUAGUACGUAGAGUGUACUUGCAUGUUAUUCAUUCGAGUAGCCGGCUGUUGAGUGUUGUGGUAUUAUUUUACCGUGGAUUUGAUAAAGGAGAGGUAUAUACUUCGACGUAUUUCUUGAUCGUUGAAUUUCAGUGAAGCCAAUCAGGAAAUUACACACCACACGGUCUUUAAUAUUGCUACAAAGUUUACAAUUAGCGAUAUUUCGGAAAUCAUAAGAUCCCUCUUGUCGUUAUUAAACAAAUCUUUUGGGUCGAGUAUCAGGAUAGACUGGUCAAUCUAGAAAUAUAUUAUCUUCAUAUCUUGUUUGUUUACCGCGACGUGUGAUUUAAUACUUCGACAAAGCGAUCGACAUGUAAUAUUGGAUGGCACACUACAGGAUUUAUAUACUCCUUAGAAGUUUCUUUCACAUUACUAUUAGCGCUCGAGGUUACAACAUAUUUUUAGUAGCCUAUUAAACGAUAGUGUGCUAAUAGGCGUGCCUUUGCUUUGUUUAUUUUUACAUUUGACAGUAUCGGCCACAAUUCCCUUGCCACUCCUCUCUGAGUGUUUUUAAAACGCUAAUUGAAAACACCCCAGAUUCUGGGGAGUCACGUGACCAGCCCAACCAGGGUCUUUCCGCAGCUUGGGGCGUGCGAAGGUAAGAGCCUGGGUACGAGGUUGCAUGUAUGACUGUCUUGGCCCAAAUCGCUAUUAUAGUUAUUACUGAUUGUAGUUCACGUUUGAAGUGGGCCUGAAUCUGUGAUAAAACUUUUUACGUUGCAAAAAAAGACACCUUUGGUAGCCUUAGCCUUAAAUGUUGUCUUAAAUCUAAUCGUUACUUAGUGCCUAGCACCUACUGUACCACACCACUUCUCAACCUUGAAUCAUGAUCCUCUUUGGCCCAAACUAUAAAACGAAACCGUUCGAAACAUUAAACUACUUCCGUUCGGGAAAAUAUCACAAGAUUUUAACAUUGAGAUAAUUAUUAUACUGUCGUAUUGAUCUAAAAUUUUCUCUCUUCUAGUUGAUCUGAUGUAGACCAACCAACAAGCGUGUACAGUUACCAUCGUUUUUUUUCAUAUAACCGGGAGAUAAGGACUGGUUGUUGUUUUGAUGGUACUUAAGUAUAUCGUAAUGAUAAAGGUGAGCUUUUCCCAUUCUCAUUCGUUCUUUUCAUUCGUUAUUGUACUAAACACAACAUGUUCAUCAAAAGAGAAAAAUGACCUAGUAUAUACACCUUUCGGAAUAGUCAGGAGGCGUCUUCGAUCUGCUCAAAUUGACUCUCGGGUAUAAUUGGAACAAUUCCUCGGCAUGAAAGACAUCUUGUCAAGCAAAUGAACGAGUGGUAGGCAAACCGUUUAAUAGUGCUGUUCACUGAAACGAGACCUAAUGUAAAUAAGAGGAUAAAACCAACACUACUGACAAGGAUCGCUCUUUAUUUACGGGUUAUACAAGCACCUCCUAAAGUUACUUAUUUUUUCGUUUAGCGCAUAUGUAACCCCCUCACUCACCCUAUCAUAUUCUUUUAUUAACUGCUGAUGCUUAACUUUUUGUUGCAUUGGCUGUUCUAAACAUCUCUUACUGUGACUAAUUGUUUUAUUAGAUUAUACAGCGCGGUUAUGGCAACUAAUUAUUUUACGAACGACGUUUCACUCCAUUGUAAAAAAUGUCACACGAAACUUGCCAAAAGAGAAAUCGUGAUGCUCGCAAUAGUGCCGCCAUCGCAGCAACAUCUGGCAGUAAAAGAAGGAAAGGAAGACGAAGCUUACGCAAAGGUGGUAAAAGAAGAAAAUUCUAAAGGAGGGAAAAGUGCGAGAUAUUGCCCGUUUAUAAUUCGUUGCCGAGAAUGUGGGAAUCAUGUAGGCAAUGUGACGUACGUCACCUCCAAAUUGCUUGUUUGCUACAAAGUUGACAACCUUUAUCUCUUCAAUGGUGUGGAAAAAACGGAAAUGAAGAAACUUAAGGUGAUUGCCGGUUUUCUUCAAAACUUGGGAGUUGAAAUGAUCGAAUAUCUCCCAUCAGAAGUGACUUGCCAGUCACUUCAGUCUAACGAGCCCAUGAAGUACUGCGACAUAUCAGGCUUAACCUAUAUGUCUCAUGAUAUUGACAGCUUGACAUGUGAGGUCCCACGGAACUACCAGCGUGAACUUUUUCUGUCCGCCAUGCGUGGAAAUACACUUGUUUACCUCCCCACGGGCUCUGGUAAGACUUUAGUUGCAGCGAUGGUGUUCGGUUGCAUGAAGCAGCUUAACCCCGGAAAGUUCAUGGUGUUUAUUGUUGAUCGCAUACCACUGGCCUAUCAACAAAGUGCGUAUUUCAAGUCCCAGCUUCCUCAUUUAAGAGUUGAGACUUUAACAGGUGAAAUGGAACAGUUCAAGAAGAAAACCGUUCAUCAAGCGCUGGCCAAUAAAACGGUUGAUAUCUUAGUCCUUACUCAUCAAAUAUUUCUCGAUUCCCUCGCUGUGGGAAAUUCCGCUAUCCAACUUUUGGGCAUUUCUGUCCUCGUCUUUGAUGAAGCGCAUCACUGCGCGGGUGGUCACCCUUACAAUAAAAUCAUGAAUGAUUUUUAUGAAAAAGUUACACCUGAUUCUUUUAAACCUCUUGUUCUUGGAUUGACUGCUUCACCAGCUGGGGAAGUAACAACAGAGAGAACUAUCGAGAAGCUUCAAAAGCUAUUGAAAAAUCUACAUUGCAAUAUCACAAUGCCUGUUCAAUCGGAUGAUCUGGUCGCUCACGUGAACGCGCCUAAUACCUCUUACGACGAAGUGGAAACAACGGACGUACGUCAGAUUGUUCUUGAAACGCUAAUAAUGGAACAUAUCAAAGAUCUUCAAAGAAACCAUAUUGAAUAUACGCCAGGCUAUCAACAAGCACUUGCGGGGCUUGUUGUAUUUUCCAGUCAUUUUAGAGGAGCUCUGAGAAAUUUAAUAGACAGGUGUCAUGGGGACAAUAGUCAAGUAAAAACCUUGAUCAUCGGUCAACAUAUGAUGCGUCUGCUCAGCGUUAUUGAUAUAAGUCGGGUUCUUUGUUACAAGGAUGCAUUGGUGUACCUGAAUGAUUGUAUAAACAGCGUCAUUCAAGCUACUUCUCCCUGUCAAAUUGCUCUCAAGAAACUGAUUGGAACAAAACACACAUUUCUCGCACUUAAGAACCAUGCUGCAGUAGGAGUUAAAGACGAUUAUCCCAUAUCUGACCGAUACAGAUGUCUUGAGGAUCGGAUACAGCAGUUUAUUUGUCGAGUCGAAAAAGAUCCAAUUACUUCGAGAGGAAUUAUAUUUGUCUGCAUGCGCAAGACAGCUUACAAACUCUGUGAAAAACUCAGAUCAAAUUCACACGUAUCCAGAUUGCUGAAUCCUGCUGUAUUUGUAGGCCAUGGAGAUGGCAAUUAUGAUGGAAUGGCCUGGAAAGACGAGCAAGAAGUUCUUUUACGGGACUUUAAAUCGGGACAAAUUAAACUGCUUGUCAGUACAAGUGUCUUAGAAGAGGGCUUAGAUGUUCCAAUCUGCAAUUUGGUCAUCCGUUUUGAGGGUGCAGCAACUUUACGCUCUCUUGUACAGAGUCGUGGUCGUGCUUCUCGUCGACCUGGGAGCGAAUUUGUUGUAAUUUGUAGCGAAAAGGAGAAACAUACAGCAAUGUCUUUAGUAGAUAAAGAAGAGAACAUGAGAUGUGCAGUUACUAAUGUCAUGGAUAGCGAAGUUGCCAAAUCGCAAGCUCUAGAAUUUAAGUGUGAAAUGAAACGGCCAGAUCUGAUCCGCCGUGAAGUUAAAGAAGUCGAAAAUAGCCGAGACGUUAAGCGAUAUACACCAACCGUUACCGUUGUUGUGCAGGUUUUCGAGAGACAAGAAAGUCGUGAGCAAAAAUUGAAAAUUGUCACCAAUAAUUUGGACAGUGCGUUCAACGUUGAGUCCACAAGAUUACUCCCUACUGGAUCCUUAUCUGGUUUAAGAGUCCAGGAGGACGACGAGUCGUCCCAAAUUGCUUUAAUAUUAAAGCAAAAGGACGACAUGCGCGACGAAUUUCGAUCCAAAGAUGAGUUUAUUUGCAAUAUUACAGAAGUGUGGUGUAAUAUGAUGACUAAUGAAGAACUGCUAAAUAUCUGGCUACAUCCUUUUGUUCCACGAGCAUCUCGCAAACUCAUCGAGCCGUUCCAUAUAUUACCAGCAACUUCCUUGUUUCUUGGCACUUUGGUCACUCGAUGUCAUUUCCAAUAUGAAUGGCCAUCCAAACCGGUCCUAAAGAAAGUUACAAUGCGUUUCGACCACAGCUACAACAUGUUGACCGUAUUUUUUGUAAGACGAAGAAGAAAUUACAAGUUUGAGAUUCGGUACGACGAAUUUGAAGACUUUGCUGUUGUCAAUAGCAACACAACUAAUGUUGAAAUUAUAAGAUUAUUCUUUUCCGUGAGACAUCCUCCUAGGUUGUAUCAACAAGUUGACGAUGAUGAUGGUAAUGAUGUCGCUAAUAAUGGUAAUGACGAUGGUGACAACGAUGACGAUAAUGACGGUGAUAAUAGUGUUCAAGAUGAGGGAUUUGACGUCAGCGACAUGUCAGAUAAUGACUCUGAAAGUGAGAGUUUUUCUACUGAUGAUGAAUACCCAGAUGUCGUCCGAAAUUUUCAUAAUCGCUCGGUACCCGACUAUGCAGAUGAUGCUCUCUGGUGGGAAAGAGUAGUUGAUGUUCAAGGCGGCGAGAAAGCAUGGGGUGAAUGCUUUACCUACUGCUUCACAAUCCCACCAAAAGAGUCCACUCUUCUAAGAAGAUUGCUAACCACACUUGAUGGGAGAUACGGAAAGAAAGCUUUUUAUACCUGGGUGAAGAAUACUUAUGGAAGAUUACCACAGAUCAAUAUUCCUGAUGAACUGGAUUUCGACGUCAGUUAUACCUUCGACAGCAUUCUUACAUCCCAUCCUUCUGUUCGAGGAAGACUUGAUGAAUCGCGCCUUGUUGAUCUACUAGGAAAUCGAAAUGCCAAUGUUGUUGUGGCUUGUUUGGAGAAAUUGCGUAAGGCGUUAGAAAGAAACCCAUUUUGCGAUCCCCAAAAGAUCCUUGAACGGCUUUUAACUGGAGAAAUUAAAGUUGAAUCUAAGCAAAUUCAAAAUCAGGUCCCAAGUCACUGUGCUUUAAUUAAACGAGUUGUAAUCACUCCAACGAGAGUUCUUCUGUACCCUUCUGAGUUCAUGGUAAAGAAUCGCGUUCUUAGGCAUUAUGAAAGAGAUGACUUCCUUUGCGUUGUUAGUAUUCGAGAGGAGAACCUUUCCAAGCUUUCUACUGGAAGAGGCAGUAUUGAUCUACUUUUGGAUAACAUCAACCAAGUUUUAAACAACGGUUUGAGUAUCGGAAGAAAGCCUUUUAACUUCUUAGCGUCUUCAAACAGUCAGCUUCGUAAUCAUAGCUGUUGGUUUGUGGGGCCCAGCAUUCCACCGGAGGAUGUGCGACGAUGGAUGGGAGACUUCACACAUAUAAGGUUAGUUACAGUUUACCUAUACCGUUUAGUUCAGGUGUCGUGGUUUUGCAAACAAGGGUUGGUUGGUCACUUACUAAGAUAUCAAUUACUAAUUAGUAUUAAUUUUGCUAGGAUAUUAGCCGUACUAACCCAUUGGAAGACGUUUUCAACACACAUCUUAGUCAUCCUGGAUGUUUAAUUCGUUCAGUAUUAUUUAUAUAAUUUAUUCUAGUGGGCAAUGUUUAUAUUUUCCUUGUUCCAUUAUGAUAUAGUUUCGAACUAAUCAUCUGGUAUUUAUACUUGGCAAAGGUAGCACAAAACGUUAGUACCAGACGCCUUGUAAUGUAAGCUAAAUGUGUGGUUUUCACGAGAUCGGCGGUCUAGAAAGCCAAAUAUCAGGGUUCAAUUCCUGGUUCAGAAAACAAUUUUUUAUUGUUCUCUGCACUGUCAAACUAGUUUGGGAGAUUAAAGAUGUGGAUUUUUGUCAACAUGUUAAACGGUUAAACGUACCUGUAUAUAAUGAAGCUGCUAAGUGUGGGCAAUGGGAUAUUACAGGGAUUAAAUUACAUGGAUUUGCGUCAUGAUUUCAAAGAGGACUCCCUACGCCACAAAUAUCAGCUUAAUUAUGUGCGUGCGAUAUCCAUUAAACCGACGUGACUCCCAAGAAUGAACGAUGCCGUCUCUUACUUACUCAUAAAAUACAAAUCUGAAUUGAUUUCUCCGCAUACAGUUUAGGGGGCAAUGAUGGCAAGUUGAUUCGUUUUCCAAGCAGAAUUUAGUUUAUAAUGUUGUUUGCGCAAAUUUAAUGUAACUGUUAAAAUCAAUACAAGUAUCGUUAAAAGAAACUCUUUAUUUUGCUUGCUAUUGUUUAGAUGUGUAGCGACUUUGAUGGCUCGAAUGGGUCAAUGCUUUUCUACAUCCCUGGAUACCGCCGGCGUAGAAACGCCUAACGACGAAAUCUAUACCGAGGAAGAUGACGUAAUGACUUCUGACAAAGAGUAUUGUUUUUCCGAUGGAGUGGGUAGAAUAUCGGAGGAGCUUGCCGUAGAGGUGUGCAAACGUUUUCUUGUACGCAACAGAAGCAUUAUACCCCACAGCCUGAAAUAAAAAUACUUAAAUUUUUGCUUUCAAGCAACCUGAUGCAUUUAUGAGAUUCAUGCUAUUUGUUCUAGAAGCAAUAGUGCCAAUGCCUUUCUAUUACACAACCCUAAGCACCAGCCACUAAACCCUAAACGAUUUGAAGUUGCUUUUUCACCAUCUUAACCCUCACAUUGCCACCACCACAUAAAAUAUAGAAGCUUGUUGCAAUCCCAAUUGUAAUUUGCGCGAGAAAAAAUUAUAAAAAAUAUAUUAGAUAGGACGAUCUCCAACCCCCAUUUUAACGUAAUUGCGUGAAAACACCACACGUGAUUCAGUGAUUUAAUUAACCUGUAUCACGUUGAUUGUUUAAGGUUGCACAGAAUUUGGGGAAACCAUUUACACCCUCUGCUUUUCAAGUACGAUUCGCUGGUUAUAAAGGUGUACUAGCAUGCGAUCCUACAUUUGCGGGAAGGAUGGCAUCGUUUCGUCCAAGUAUGAGGAAAUUCGAGAGCAAUCACCGCAGACUUGAAGUUACCCACACAUCUCGGCCCCAGGCUGUUUUUCUAAACCAGCAGGUUAUUAUGCUUCUCUCUAACCUUGAAGUCCCAGAUGAGGCGUUUAUUGAUCUACAAAAGGAAAUGCUAGAUAAAUUGGCAAGUAAGUUUUGACGCGAAUAAAUUAUUUUGGAAUGUUCCUGAUGGUUUUGACCAGGCUUUGGAUUUUUUUUUAAAAGAACAAUUUUAAUUAGUGUAUCUUGCACAUUAUUACAAUAAUUGUUCAAUCUCAAAUUACUGUACAGGUAUGUUGGUAGAAGAAACUUAUGCCAUCGCGUUCUUGGGAAAUGGAUCCAAAAUGGACAUAUCAUAUCGUACUUUGUCAAAUGGUGGCGUACAGUUGACGACAGAGCCAUUCUUUAAGUCUAUGUUGGUUGCAAUGCAUAGGAAUCACAUUCAUGAACUCCUUUCCCGCUCCAGAAUUCUUCUACCAGCAGAAGGAGCACGGUUAAUGAUGGGUGUAAUGGACGAGGAAGGUGUAUUAAAACCUGGACAGGUGGGUUGUUUUGUAAACUUUUUCCUCUUAUAAAAGCUAAUAGUGAGGCAAAACAAUUUUUAAAAAUUUUCCCUACUACUGUAUUUUUUCAAUUGAAGGCUUCAUUUCCCGUACCAUAAGAAUGUUUGAAUAAGUUGUUCCAAUUCUUUUGUUUUCUAAAACAGUCUUUAAGGGUGCUUUCCAUUUAAUGGCCUGACCGGUCAGACUCAAAUUUUUGUCUCCGUGUCAAUGGAAAGAUCUGGUCUAUGUUUCUCAAAUAUCUAGCGAAAAUAGACCUCAUUCUAAUUUUAUCUAAUUUUUCGGUCAAACAGGUCCGAAUCCCGAACGUUUUGUGUUCCAUUCAACAAUUUUUUGGUCUUGCCGUGUUUAUGGAAAGCGGCCUAAAAUAGAUUCUGUAUUUUCCUACUGUUUACCUCCUGAUCAUAGUUCCAGAAGGCACUCGUUAUUACUUGUAUCUCCUUAAGAAAUGGAAGACGAGUGGCUUUUAUCUUGUUAUAAUGAACGACAGGAAUGUAGAGAUAACACGAGUGUUUUACACCCUUUUCGAGGUAGUCUGCGAGCAGGCUCUUAAGGUGAAUUGAUAGCCUGCGCUGAUGAUAUACAAUUUUGACUGUCUGCCCCGUAACGUUCGUUUUUCCAAAUAUGGAAUGUCUAUCGUUAUAUGGUGUUGUUUACAACUUUCGUGCAAACUAAAUUUAAACCGUACAGUUUAUACUGUUUUUCGAAAUAUAAGAUAUCAAGCAAAAGUUUAAAUGUUAAUUUAAAUACUGUAUACUCAAUACAAAACAUUUCGUGCUUUGAGAUAAGAUGGCCAAGACCAAUUUGAUCAGUUAAUGUGUUUUUUAUCCAUAUAGUGCUUCAGCAGUUGACAUAUAUAGAGCUCAGCGGAAACAUAUAAAUUAUAGCAUCUGGCCAAUGAGAAUUUCGCGUCCCGAUUCGAGAUGCAGAUAUUCAAAAUUGUAUGCCAUCAGUGCAGGCUCUCAAUUCACCUUGGGAGCCUGUUCGCAGGCUGUUUUCGAGGGAUUAUCACGCUACAGGAGCACGAUACAUUUUUCCAUUUCUGUUAUAAGAGAAGAAUAUAUUAAACAUUAUAAGCAACAACAACAACAUUAUAAUUGAAUUUAUUUUUGUAAUUUUAAUUGAAAUUCUUCUAACAUGUAAUCAGUGAUGUCAUUCGCAUACUUUUGUUCGUCAUUUAGGAACCACGUUGAAUUCUUUCCCGUAAUUUCUAGAGAGGAAUUUAUUCAGUUGUUGUACCAAAAUUUACCUAAUUAUGCUUUCCGUAUCCCCUGAGCUCUCUUCCAGACGUUUUUUAUGAACAACGAAAUCUAAUGUAAUAUAGAUCAACUGCGAGUAACUGCCUUAACGUGUUUAUAGUACUACACAUAAAUCUGUAUAACGGCGGUUCCCUACUUUUGGUUACCACUGCCGAUUUGUAUUGACAUACAUUUCCUUUUAUCAAAUCAGUGGGCGAUACGGUCGUAUAAGAUUGAAUUCCCUAAAUCUAUUAUUUUUAAGGUUUUCGUGCAAUAUUCUGCGGUUUCGAAAGAUGAAGAACACGAAUUCAACCUGGAUGAUAAAAGAAUUCUCACCGGUGUAGUUGUUGUCACAAGGAAUCCAUGCUUACAUCCGGGUGAUGUUCGCCAGUUGCAGGCUGUGAAUGCUCCGAGCCUCAGUCACCUGGUUGAUUGUAUUGUGUUUCCACGACUUGGAUUGCGUCCGCAUCCGAACGAGAUGUCAGGUAAAACUAACAUGUCGACAGGGAUUGUAUUUCCAACAAUAUACCAAAAUUGUUGCCAAGCUCGCAAUCUGGUGUUACAGUUAUACUAUCCAUAUCAUAUCAUAUCAAGAAUAAUUUGUUAUCAAGUUUUUGAAAUUUUCAUGGUUUAUAUUUUGAUAUAUCAGUUUUUGCAAUUAGACGUUCAGCUGGGCCCAGAUGUGCAGUAUUGAUAUAAUGCCAGCAGGUCGAUUUCUUCACGUUUAACACUAGCAAACAUCUCUGUAGUUGUUCUUGAAGAAAUUCAAAUUAGUUUUUCACUAGAACUUUAACAACUAGGGAAAACGUCAAAUGGAUAUCUGGCGCUAUCCAAUACAAAAGAAGUUAGUUUAGUAUACAUUACCCGAAAUUAGCAACAAAAUGUGACUACAUAGGCUAAAACCUUAUAAGCAUAUUAUGGCAACCCUGCACUGUUUCCCGACCUCGUCGUCAACAAAGCAGUGAUUUUCUAACGUUUUCGUAGCCUAUUUAUUCAAGUCGAGUAUUUCUACAACCGACAAAGUCAUGUUCAAAAUAAUCAACGUUUAAUCAACUCCGUACCACUUCCUUUGACAUUUUUGAAGCUGUGUGAUGAAACAAUCGAGAACUUAGAGAGUAAUCUAUAUCAUGAAUAUGAAAGGCUAGGUCGUGGACAAUAUAAAUACACCACGAAAACGUUUCAAACGACUGCUUUAUUGAUCGCGAGGUCGUAUUGCCAUGAUGUCAAGUUAAAAUGUUCCAUAUAUGUUCUCUGUUAAACAUGAAAGGCCAUGAUUGUAUAGGUGAUAUCCAAAUUACUAUACAAGCGGUGGCCAUUUCGUCGUUAAUUUCUGGUAAUGAAUGUGGAAGGGAUUUCAUUAUUUGCAAGUACACGUCUUUCAUAACAGCGUGCACUACCAUCUAGAAUAAAGUUAGUUUUCUUCAUUGAAAAUCAAUAUGUCCAAAGACUUUAUUUUAAUAAUACUUAAUUAUUUUAAUUAAUUCAGGUGGCGACUUAGACGGUGAUUUGUACUUUGUGUGCUGGAAACAAAGUCUCUUGCCUAAUAAGCCAGAUUAUCAACCGAUGGAUUACAAAGCAUUACCGAAGAAAGAAGAAACAGAACCAAUCACAUCUUCCCACAUGACUAAGUUUAUAGUCGAUUAUAUCCGGUCGGAUCAACUAGGAGUUAUUGAUAAUACACACAAAGCACUGGCUGACCAAGAAGAAGAGGGAGUUCAAUCUGAUAUAUGUCUUCAUCUCGCAGAGAUCCAUUCAUUGGCAGUGGAUGCUCCUAAAACUGGUAUGUGGCCCAAAAUGCCAAAGACAAACCUUAAAAAGUACCCUGACUUCAUGAUGAAAUCGGACAAACAAAGUUAUCCUUCAGAAAAUGUGCUGGGAAAGCUUUAUCGGCGCUGUCAGAAGUUUAAAGACACGACCUCCGAAAACUGUAACCAAAAAAUGCGAAUAGACAAAUCAUUUCUCUUGCCAGGGAGAGACAGGUAUCUUCGCAAUGCAAAAGUAGUGUAUCAGAAAUAUCGUGAGAAGAUGGAGGCGUUGAUGCGUCUAUAUGGUAUUCAUUCUGAGGCAGAAAUAUUUACAGGUUGCUUCUUAAAGCUUCGAAAUCGUUUGCCUAAGGAAAAACCAAAGAUUGCAGAAAUCGUAAGCGAGAUAGUUGUUGGAAUUCGUAGUGAGUUCCGACGUGAGUUCUUUGACGAGUUUGGUAUGAGUGAACAGCGAUUAACCAAAGAUGCAAAAAUAUCAAAAGAGGUAAUUCCAUUGUCAUUUAGUAUAAAUGUUUAUUAGCUUUUGUAAAUUCUAAUUGGCAUAAAUACCUAAAUAGCAUAAAUAGCAAUUAAAAUAAAGUGUACGGCACCUGAACUAUUCAACAUCCUGCUUGACAGUGCUUCUAAAUCCAUAAAUACAUUUACAUAUUAUGCACAUAGUGUAUGUUUUCAAAAUCCGCCGUAUUUAUUUACAUUAUAGAACCCAUUGUUUCGCGGUUCACACGCAAUUUACGUCGGUAAUUUUCACUAAUAAUAAGAGAGUGAGAUCAAAGUGGGUGUUGUCACUCGCCAACCAAAUUAACUGUCUAGGUUCUGUACCACGUGACCUGUUCAAAUCGUUCCGAGCGCGUGGAAUCUUAUGCCAUCAUAACAGCCUCGAUAACAUGUUCUGGGACAUAUAAGGAAGUUGGGGGCACGUUUAUGCCACAUAUGGAAGCAUGGUUUCCUCUCGCUUCGAACGACGAAAUAAUUGGAUGAUCCUAUCCAGCUCUUAUUAUUAGUGAAAAACACCGACGUAGAAACCAUUCUUGGGUUAUUUUUGUUUAAUAUCAAUUAGUAGCUACGAUCUUGUCAUGUUUUCUGUACGUAGUGAUAGAAACAAUAGAUAGCUUUGGGAAAGAGUUAUUGCAUUCAGGUUUAUACGGUUGUGCUAAACCAAUGUUUUCUGCACAAUAUAGGUUUAUCUGAAAGCGUCGGCCUGGUACACAGCCACUUACAUAUGCGAAGAAAACUGGGAACAACUUCAGGAGAAGCGUUUACUUGGCCUUCCUUGGAUUGUAGAUGACGUCAUGUCCUUUAUAAAGUGUCAACAACAACCCCCACUUUUCAUUCAAAGCUUGGACGUUAAUGCUGCCGUCGGUGAGAGUCUUGUGAGAUUGUUCGAUGAAGAAAAGACGCAGUUGCUUGAACAGAUAAAGGAGAGAAUAAGGGUAAAGAAUUGGGUUGAAGCUCAUCUACAGUCGUUUAAGCAAAACCUCUCUAUUUAUUUCUCUGGAAUAUCGCGAACGUUGCUAUUCCACCAUAAUUCAAAUAUAGAACUCUGCGUCCUUUCUAACGAAGACUGCCGUACAAGCAAGGACAUCAAAGCUGAAAGGAGCAUUCUUGAACAGCUCGGGUGUCAAUUGAAGGCUAAAGCUGAUGUCAAAUAUAAAGCUGGAGAUACAGAGAUGGAACAUCUCUUUUAUGAAGUUCGUUUACAAAACACGGAAAAUUUUGCGGUAAGAAUAUGGCAUGUUUAAUAAAUUUGAUUUUGAUUUUUUUUUAAUUUCUCUUGUUUUGGAUGCGCGCGCGUUAAUUGGAAUCACUUCACAACGUUUGAAAUGACGUGGUUGAUGUGCCGUUUAAUUAAAUUUUAAAUGACGCGAGCCAACAGAUCACGACACUUUUGUAUAUAAUUCAGCCAGGUGUUAUGGCUGCGAUGUAACUUUUAAUAAACCUAUCUACCUACCUCUCUCAUUUAUCUACUGGUGGUUUGUAUCCAAUUAUCAUUAAUCUGGACCUAGGAUUUCCCAGAAUAAAAGCAGUAUGACAGUAUGGAUGUGUACGUUUGUAGACUCUUACUAAAAAAUGAAAUUGACUAUAUUUCUUCCAUGACCGGGUUCCUUUAUAUAGGAUUUUCCUGGAAAACAUAAUUUUUUGUUGUUCUAUCUUGGAUAGUAAUUGUCUUCAUGUUCGCCUACAUGUAGCGAUAAAGAUGACUGAGAUACUAUAUUAGGCCUAGAGUAUGGGGAAAACGUUGUGCUCGAACUUUCUCGUUAAACAAUUUCCACAUGCGUCAUACAGUACAUUCAUUCUUCCCCAGAUCACAAUUUACAAGACUUGAGAGAAUCCUCCCGUAUAGGAAAGAUUAAAUAGAUUUUUCUGAUAUAUAGUACUUGUUCCUUUGUAAAAUUUGAAACUCAAAGAAACCGAUUAUUACUCGCUGGGGCACUCGUCCAGACGAAUAUAGGUUUCGGCAUGCAUUUUUCUUAGAUCGUCGAUAGCCACAAAAUAGAAUAUUAAUGAGCUGCCUAAUUUUCCCCCCAAUUAUCUAUAAGGCUCCUGCCAAUUUUACCCAAAUUAUCCAUAAAUAACCCUGCAUUUUGAGGAAAAUUCGGGAAAAUUGAACAGUUUUACAAGGAAUUUCGACAUGGAAACAGCAAUCUUCGCAUAUCGCAAGGUGCGUUUGGCUGCGCUGCUUUAAGGACCUGUCACACUAUUGCGUAUCGUACUAGCGUAUGUCAGCGUAUGAAAAAUAUCACUCAUACGCCGGUAUACGCUGGCAUACGCUAGGGGUACGUUAGCAGCCUCGUACCCAGGCGCAAUUAACUAAAAAUAGGCACACUACAGUGCUUUUAUAUAGAUCAGUGGCUAAAUUGAGUGAGCGCGCGGGGGUGCUUGGGGAGGACGCAGGAAACGAAGCGCCUGGGAGAAUAUGUAACAAACAUGGCGGACAUGAGAAUGCAAAUGAGGAAAUCAGUGCUGUACUAUUUGCCCAUUGAACGUUACAUUUGGGAAAGAUUUUAUGCCCAAAUGAUCACUGCGUUGUAAUAAGGAUUUUUCCUUGAAAACGGUAUUAUUUAUCAUUUUAGCUGGCGACUUUCCUUUCGAAAUUAGAAAGCCUGCUGGAGUGCUG